AACCCGCAAGCCGGUAAAAUGCCUCAAGAGUUGCGGGUUGUUCGGUGUUUUCAGUGUUUAAAAUAUCAGGUGGAUAUUGUCAAAAAGGCCAACAAAUGGGUGUGCAAGCUGUGUGGCGUCAAACAAUCACUGGCGCGAGAAUUCUUCCGCGGAACGGGCAAAGAUUGUCGAAGCAUGGUACAGCAACUAUCUAUGCGGAAGCUUGAGAUGGAUCAACAAGAAGCGGAAAUAACUAAACUGGUUCUUCAAAAUAAAAUACAGCUGUCUAAACCGCCUUUAGAGAGAGACCCGAGAAGUCCCAUUGCGGCAAGGAAUGAAGCACCACAAGGGCCGAGUAAAUGGGAAACGUUUUUGACAAAGGAGACAAACGACGAUCUAUCUGAUACUAUAUGUUCUUUGGAAUCUUUGGAAAGUGUGUCAAGUACGACGUUCGACCGAGAACGGAUUAAUAAGCCGGUGAAUAACGUUGAGGCAACAGGUACAAAGGAAUGGAAUUAUCAGCGAACGAAGAAGGAACAUUUGUUUGAUAAUGAGGAAAGGUGGUCUACAAACUUAGAUAAAGACCCUUCACCAAGGAGUAAUUGGGCCAUAGGACAGAAGAAACCUAUGCUCAACCCUAUUCGUACAGCGAGCAACGCAAAGAUCAAUACAUUCUUCAAAAACACAGGUGCUAACAAACGAAGCAUAGAUUCUAGCGGAAAUGAAUCAAUGGCACUUCCUAGUUUCCAUCACAAAGAAAGUACUACCAAACGAACUUUUCCAAAUCCCACGAGAAAUACCUUUUCUCAGGCAAAUACUGCUCCUAAAACUUCAUCUUCUGAAACUCCCAGCUCAUCUAGAAGUAACAAAUCACCGGAGAUGCCCUGCAAGAGAAAAUUUUCAAAUGUGUUUGCGACUCCGCUAAUGAAUUUUGGAAAGCGUACCGUCGUUGAGAGUAAAUUAGCACCUUCCGUUGAAUCGUUAGCUAAUAUUAAUGAGAUGAAAUCUCAAACAGAAACUAAACCUACCACUGUGUCUUCAAAGUGGGCAAAAUAUCUCCCGGAAGAUGAUGUGACGAAUGAAAAUACAGACAAUGUCAUCAUGUUUUGA